GCCGAUCCAGCAGCACACAGAAGAGAGGUGGGGCCAGGCCGAGCAGCAUGUCGGGCCCCGGACUGCUGGUGGAGCUGCUGGGAGAGAAGCUGGUGAAUUCGGAACGGGAGGAAGCGGAUGUGCAGGCUCUGGGCUCCAGGGUGUCUUUGAUUGGUCUGCUGUUCGGCUGCGGGAUGAGCGCCCCGUGCCUGCAGCUGCUCCCUGGCCUGAAGGACUUCUAUUGCAAGACUCGGGACCGUCUGGAGAUCGUCUUCGUCUCCUCCGACCCCGACCAAAAGAAAUGGCAGCUCUUUGUCAAGGACAUGCCUUGGCUGGCACUGCCCUACCAGGAGAAGCACAGAAAGCUCAAACUAUGGAAUAAGUUCAGAAUCUCCAACAUUCCCUCACUUAUAUUUAUUGAGGCCUCUACUGUCAAGACUGUAUGUAGGAAUGGACUUUUGUUAGUGAAAGAUGACCCAGAAGGUCUGGAGUUUCCUUGGGGUCCAAAACCUUUCUGCGAAGUGAUUGCUGGUCCUUUAAUAAGGAACAAUAGCCAGUCACAGGAAAGCAGCACUCUGGAGGGGUCCUAUGUUGGCAUUUAUUUCUCUGCAUAUUGGUGUCCUCCGUGCCGCAGUCUCACCCGCGUUCUGGUGGAAUCAUACCGGAAAAUUAAGGAGUCUGGACAGAAGUUUGAAAUUGUGUUAGUCAGUGCUGACAGGUCAGAAGAAUCCUUUAAGCAGUAUUUUAGCGAAAUGCCCUGGCUGGCUGUCCCAUACAGUGACGAAGCAAGAAGGUCACGGCUGAAUCGAUUAUAUGGAAUACAAGGUAUCCCUAACCUCAUCAUAUUAGAUCCCAAAGGCGAGGUGAUUACAAGGCAAGGGCGUGUAGAAGUCCUCCGUGAUAUUGACUGCAAGGAGUUUCCAUGGCACCCAAAGCCUGUAGUAGAGCUGACUGAAUUAAAUGCAGUGCAAUUAAAUGAGGGACCCUGUCUUGUUCUCUUCGUAGAUUCAGAGGAUGAAGGAGAGUCAGAAGCUGCAAAACAACUUAUCCAACCCAUAGCCGAGAAAAUAAUAGCACAGCAUAAAGCCAAAGACGAGGAUGCACCACUACUGUUCUUUGUCGCAGGGGAGGAUGAUAUGACUGAUUCACUGCGGGAUUUCACCAAUCUCCCAGAAGCUGCCCCUCUGCUCACCAUACUGGACAUGUCUGCCAGAGCAAAGUAUGUGAUGGAUGUAGAGGAGAUAACACCAGAGAUCGUCCAGAGCUUUGUUACCGACUUCUUAGCAGAAAAACUGAAACCUGAGCCCAUAUAGAGAGAUAACACAGUAUUUUUACCUGCAGAAAGUCAUUAUUUAAAACCACAGCUGCUUCUUUCCUUCUUGACGCAAGUAAAGGAUUUUAAUAUAGUGUCACAAGCUCGGAAUGCAUUUCCAUGGUGCCUUUUGUGUGUUUGUUUUAAAAUAAUCUCACCCUUGUCCUGGAACGCUACUCUAUAUAACCGUGCUUCUGCAGGACAGUGUUAUCCGGCAAUGAGUGAAACAACAAUCCUGGGGCUGGACCUGCACAUGCUCUUUGUCAUAAACCAGAGACAUUUCUUACUAGGAAACUCACCACUUCAGUGUUUUGAUAUUCUGCUCUGACUGCUCCAAUAGCAGAACACUCUAUUACUCUUUGUAGUUAAUGGUUUUUUUAAAUAUAUGAAUUGUUACUGGUUCAUGGUUGCAUUACCUCAGAACCCACCAAUCCACCUUUCUAGCUUCUCUGCACAGUUUUGUAUGCAUAUUCUCAGUGUUUCGCUUGGGUGAUUGCGUUUUGUUAUUUGUAUCUAAGAAUUUUAUGAGAACUUCACAGGAGACCUUGAGCCAUAAAUGAAGUCUUAUUACAAGGGAUAUAGACCUGCCAUGCUAAAUUCACUUUCUCUCCCCAAGAUAAUUGCUUACAUAGCUAAGCAAAAACUGUAUAUAAAGCACAAUCCCAGUCAUCUAAAUUUUUAUAUAUUUUUUUUGUAACAUCACAUCACCCUUCUCUCCAGUCCAGCCACUGUUCAUUGUAAAAUCAUAUAUAUCUAUUUGUGAAGGACAAUGGAUGUAAAAUAUUUGCGGAACUCAUUAAAGUCAAGUCACCAUUAAGAAUUUUCAUAGAAAGAACUUGCAUGUUUGUUUCCUUUAACUGAAAUGUUUUGUGGGGAAAAUGAACACUCUUUUACUAUACAGAUAACAAAUAAAGUGGUUCCAGAUUUAAGCAUU